AUUUUCUAUCAUGAACACCAAGCAAACGACCAGUUUGAUGACUUGCGCCACCACCCACACCCGCACGUGGCAGUCUGUGACGGCAGGGGUGUUUGCCGGCUGCGUCACGCGCUCGUGCACUUCGCCGCUGGAUGUGCUGAAAAUCCUCUUUCAAGUGAACGCAAUGAAGGGCGGGGGGUCGAUCAAAGCCACAGUGGUGCAUUUGUACCAUACCCGGGGGCCCCUUGGUUUUUGGAAGGGCAAUUUCGCCGGCUGUUGUCGCCUCGGACCUUAUUCUGGCGUCAAAUUCUGUCUGUACGACCAACUGCAAGCUCAGAUUGUCCACGACGGCAACCCCACGUCCAUGGAGCGGGCAGUGUGUGGUGCCAUUGCUGGCAUGGUGGCCACGUUGGCAGUGUACCCCAUGGAGCUCAUUCGCACCCGACUCAUCGUGAACAUUCACCACACGUCUAGCAUCAGUCGCGAAGUCGUGUCGAUUGUACAGAACGAAGGGGUGCGGGGGCUGUAUAGGGGGUGCUUGUCCGGCCUGGUGGGGUCGAUUCCGUUCGAAGGGAUCCAGUUUGCCGUUUACGAUUACGGAAAGACGUACGCCGUGGACAACCGGUGGCCAUCGUGGCGGUGGCCAGACACAAAGACCCACCUGCACACGGUGGACCAUUUUGUGCUUGGCAGCUUUGCCGGCGCCGCAGCCCAAUUGGUUUCGUAUCCAUUUGACACGGUCAAGAAACGAUUGCAAAUGCAAACCACCACAGGCAUGAAAUACACUGGCAUCAUCGACUGCUUUGAAAAAGUCGUGCACGAAGAAGGCACGUUGGGGCUCUAUCGGGGGUCGGUGCCCAAUAUGAUUCGACUGGUCCCGUAUGCGGCGGUCAUGUUUGCGUCCUACGAAGCUGCCAAAGAUUUCCUCCAAUCCUUGUGACCCCCACAUUAUUGGAGUGUCGAGAUUGCCAUAAUUUAUAUCCAGCUACUUUUCAUACUACACCAUUUUGCGUUUAUU